CCUACAGAAGCUCGGUGCGUCUGAUCCGCGGCACCCUCGGUCCAUUUCGCGCGGCCCGAGUCCUGUGGGAGUCGCAGAGCCCAGGUUGGGGACCUCGGUUCCCGGUGCGCAGCGGAGAUUGCCGCUGCGCUUAGGAGAUGCCACGGAGCGAGGCGCGUCAGAACGCGCCGUCGGACCCAGCGCGGGCAGAGCUAGUGCCUGAGUUUGCAGCUCAGCUCAGGAGGAUUGGAGACAAACUGUAUUUAGCUUGGUGUGAACCCGACAUCACUGCGGUGCUGGCGGAGAUGCCUGACAAGAAGACGCAAAAGAGCGCGACGAGGAGCCCGAGCCCAACGCCGGUGCCAGCAGAUGUGGAAGAUGAGUUUACUCAACUCCGGAGAAUUGGAGACAAACUGAAUUUCUGGCAGAAACUUCUGAAUUUUAUUUCCAAGCUCUUUAAUUCAGUAACCUGAGUUCAUCAAAAGUUUUUGCAAGCAGGGACUCCUAAAAAGGAAGUUCCCCCAGUUGGUGCAAAUGUCUAUUAUGGGAUGGACAGUGAUGUGACGGAGGGGAUGCUUCCCUGAGCACAGAUUGUGAUUGACAUGGAAAUGAAUUUCUUCAGGAAAGGUUUCAGAAACCUUUCUUUGAGCUGUGAUAACGUGAAACCGCAUUCCUUUUAAAACGAGACUAGAGGAGUCAUGGGAAUAGGGAAGGACUGUCUUUUGAGAGUUGGUCUGGUGUCUUUGCCAAGGCUGUUGUCUAAAGUCAUGGGAAGGGACAUGGCGGUGAUUACAUCCGAUGGAGAUAGUUAUUAGGUAUCGCCUUUUCCUCUUUGACAGCAACUCCAGAAUAACGUGUACUAUUUAGUUUCAUUCACUUA